CCUCCGCACACCCUACUGCAAGCCGGCGCUUUCCGGCCAGAGCCGCCAUCUUCCCCCCGCGCCCCCUCCUUGGCCGGACCCCAACCGCCACCCGCGGACGCGGGUUAACGCGGAACCUCACCUCUCCUCGCAGUCUUUGCAUUUCACCUGCAGCGGGACUAGUUCCUGGAACAGAACCUGGCUCAUGUUGGACUGCUGCCCGUGCCAGUGAGAAGAAUAGUCCAGCAGGCCCGGCCCGCGGAAGUCGCCGAGAGGCGUCCCGGCCCUGCUAAAAUUUGAGUUUGGCGCCUGGCUUCCGCUGAGGAGGCGGGGAAACAGAAACCGAGGGAGGGCGCAGGAGAUUUGGACCUCGUCGGCCACCAUCAGUUUCUUCCGGUUUUUCAGGGGACGGGCGGUAGUUCCGGGUAUUAGGCUGCGUGGCAGGACCCGUAGUCGCCAUAUUUGUUAAGGGAAGAGGACCCAAGGGAAGCGGGAAACUUUUCUUCUCUUCGCCCAAUGUUUGCCAAUCCAAACGAACCCUGAAUUAUGGCGGCUUCUGCGCAGACCCCGCACACGACUGACUUUCCAGCUGAGGGUCGAUGCAGUUACUAUGUGGAAAAGAAGAAGCGGUUCUGCAGGAUGGUGGUGGCAGUAGGGAAAAGAUUUUGUGGGGAACACGCUGGAGCUGCGGAGGAAGAAAAUGCUCGGAAAAGAAUUCUGUGUCCUUUAGAUCCAAAACACACAGUAUAUGAAGAUCAACUAGCAAAACAUUUGAAAAAGUGUAACUCAAGAGAGAAGCCAAAACCUGACUUCUUUAUUCAAGAUAUUAAUGCAGGCUUAAACGAUGAAACAGAAAUACCUGAACAAUUAGUUCCAAUUUCUUCUCUCUCUGAAGAGCAGUUGGAAAAGUUAAUUAAGAAAUUGCAGAAAGCAAGCGAAGGUUUGAACGCUACACUUAAAGAUCAAAUUAUGUCCCAUCCAGCAUUGCAUGAUGCCCUUAAUGACCCUAAAAAUGGUGAUUCUGCAACCAAACACCUGAAACAGCAGGCUUCUAUUUUAGGUAACAUUGAAAAAUUAAAGUUACUUGGUCCAAGAAGAUGUUUUGUUGAGUUUGGAGCAGGAAAAGGAAAAUUAUCUCAUUGGGUUGAUAUUGCCUUAAAAGAUGCUGAAAAAGUUCACUUCAUCCUAGUAGAAAAGGUGACCACGAGAUUCAAGGUAGAUGGCAAACACAGGAAGAAAAAUUCAGUGUUUGAGAGACUUCAAAUUGAUAUUCAACACUUGUGUUUGAACAAGAUUCCUUUGCUAAGCAAAGAAAAACUACCUGUGGUAGGAAUCGGAAAGCAUCUGUGUGGUGUGGCAACAGAUCUUGCAUUACGAUGUUUGGUUGAAACCUAUGCUUCCAGUGGUGAGGAAAGGAAUGAAGAACCUUUAGCCAAACGCAGAAAGAAUGAUAAAACAGACAAAGAAAUUAACACUUUGCCCAAGGAAGGAAAUGAGAAAAAUGUCCCCGAGAAGUGGACCCCUGUGGCUGGCAUUGUUAUUGCACUCUGUUGUCACCACAGGUGUGAUUGGAGACAUUAUGUGGGCAAAGAAUAUUUCAGGGCUCUAGGCCUCGGAGCAGUGGAGUUCCACUACUUCCAGCGAAUGAGCAGUUGGGCAACUUGUGGGAUGCGAAAAACAUCUCUGGGAGCCUCUGACAUUACCACAAAGAGAAAAGACAAGCAAAGUGACGACAGUGAAGAGCAUGACGAUGGGGGAUGCAGAAUCACGGAUGACAGCACGGAGAGUUUGCCUGGGUUCCUUACUGUUGAAGAAAAGGAGAAAAUAGGGCAUCUUUGUAAAUUGCUGAUUGACCAAGGCCGAGUCGACUACUUGCAGCAAAAAGGAUUCACUCCUGCUUUACAGUAUUAUACAGAUCCUCUGGUGUCUUUGGAAAACGUAUUGUUAACUGCUUUACCAAAUCUUUCUUCACCACCAGAAACAACUGCUUAACGGAAACGAAAUUUUGAACAUCUGUCUUCCACCAAAAAAAAUUUUUUAAUUGUAUUUUUAUAUUCAUGAAAAUAUAAUUUACAUAGCAGAUAAUGUGAACUUUAAAAAAUGUUGUGGCCUCAUUGAACUUUGGUAAUAGCUUUGAUUUUAACUUUAGAAGUCCAAACAUUAGCGAAUUCACCAAAUUCCCCAAGUAAUUCUCUUCCGCAGGACAUCUUGAGUUACAUUAUCCAUCAGUAUCCAGAGAGAUUGGUAAAGUAGUGGAACAGUUGACUUGGUUGUCUGAAACACACAUAAUACAUCAAUACACAACCAGCACCCUCACUUUCUAUUUGUAGUAAUUUUGGAAAUUUUUUUCCUUUGGUUGUAUUUACGGCUUUUUUAUUUCUCAAGUUCAAGAUGAAAUGAUCAAUUGUCAGUUUGUAACAAGGGCCAAUCUGAGAAUUUGGUUUAUAUAUGGAUUUUUUUGUCCAUUCAGAUCUGGAAAGGAUAAUCAAUUAUGAUUUUUUUAAUUGAAUAAUUAUCUAGUCAGAACUUCCAAAAAGAUAAGAUAAACCUCAUUCACAAAUUAAAUUGAAAUUUACAAAUAACUUUUGAAGUUAAUUAGCUAUCGUAUCUUUUAACAAAGAAAUUUUUAUACAAUUAAGUACAGCUAUAAGUGUAUUCUUUCCUGUUGAGGAAAAUAAUUUGGAAUGAAGUAGAAAUUAGAUAACGAAACCAAAACAACCUCACAUUUAGACCUCAUUUAACUCUUAAGCAGUUUCUAUGCACAAGCAGAUAUUAAACCAAACAUAUGGUAAAGACUGUUACUCUCUUCAUGUUAUUCUUGAAUUACUUCUGCCUUUACUUGUAAAGAUUGUCUUAAUGAUUGGUACCUUUGUGAAGACAAAGAUCAGAAUUACUAAUUUUAGAUACUAUAAUGAUAUUCUUAGGUAACUUUUUUAUUCUGUAAAUAGAUCUAUGAUUACAUGAAUUCUAAAUUAGAAGCCUAGCGCAUUUUUAAUUCCUGGCUGGUCUACUUUAAUCUCCUUUGUUUUAUGAGACUGCCUAGAUUCUGAGCCUACCCUACCACCCCAGGGUAUGACCUUGGUAACUACUAAAUCUCUUUGUGCCUCAGUUUUCCUUUUUAAUGAGGAUGAUGAAGAUAAUAAUACUACCUACCUCAGGAGGUUGUUGUAACAAAUGAGAUAACAUAUGUAAAAUACUUAGCACAAUGUAAAUACUCAAUAAAUAUUAAGUGUUAAUCGUACUAAUUCACAAAUCUAUUUUAAUAACAAUGGGCAGACUUGGUCUUAUUAUUUCUGCCUAAGUUGUAACUUUUAUAACUUUUAUGCAAAUAUUAUUAAAGUAAGGUAGUUGGA